CCGAGCUGGACUGUGCUGAGCCGGACUGAGUCGGGCUGCGCUGAGCCGCGCUGGACUGAGCCGAGUCGAGCCGGGCUGAGCCGGACUGGGCUGAACUGAGCGGGACUGGGCUGAACUGAGCCGAGCGCAGCCGAGCAGAGAGGAACUGAGCUGAGCCGGACCGGGCUGAACCGGACCGAGCUGAGCCGGAUCGGGCUGAACUGCGCGGAGCCCAAACGAGCCCAGCCGAACUGAGCUGAGCCGGACCGGGCUGAACCGGACCGAGCUGAGCCGGAUCGGGCUGAACUGCGCGGAGCCCAAACGAGCCCAGCCGAACUGAGCUGAGCCGGAUCGGACUGAGCCGGAUCAGGCCGAGCCCAGCCGAACUGAGCUGAGCCGGAUCGGACUGAGCCGGAUCGGGUUGAACUGAGUCGGAUUGGGCUGAACUGAGCCUAGCCCAGCCGAGUUUAGCCGAACUUAGCUGAGCCGGACCUGACUGCGCCGGAUCGGGCUGAGCCGGACCGGGCUGAGCCGGAUCGGGCUGAACUGACCCGAGCCCAGCCGAACUGAGCUGAGCCAGAUCGGGCUGAGCCGGAUCGGGCUGAGCCGGAUCGGGCUGAACUGAGCCGGACUGGGCUGAGCCGAGCCAGUCUUUGCCGUGCCGGGUAGUGUCGUGCAGAGCCGACCCGAGCCCAGCCGAUCUCAGCCGAGCCGAGCGGAGCCGGGACAGGAUGCUGCGGUACCUGCUGAAAACGCUGCUGCAGAUGAACCUGUUCGCCGACUCGCUGGGAGCUGAAGGCUCUAACUCCUCCUCCUCGCUGCUGCUCGGCAUCAACCGCUCCAUCGCCGCGCUCCACCUGCCCGAUCUCACCCCCGGUAACGGAUCCCACGCCCAGCUGGAGGACACGGCUCCCCGCAUCGUGGAGCACCCCACGGAUGUCCUGGUCUCCAAGGGGGACCCGGCCACGCUGAGCUGCAAGGCCGAGGGGCGCCCGGCCCCGGAGGUGGAGUGGUACAAGGACGGGGAGCGGGUGGAGACGGACCGGGAGGAUCCCCGCUCCCACCGCACCCUCCUCCCGGGCGGGUCCCUCUUCUUCCUCCGGAUCCUGCACGGGAGGAGGGGAAAGCCCGACGAGGGCGUUUAUGUCUGCGUGGCCAGGAACUACCUGGGGGAGGCCACCAGCCGGAAUGCUUCCCUGGAGGUGGCCGUGCUGCGGGACGAUUUCCGACAGCCCCCAGGGGACGUGGUGGUGGCGGCGGGAGAACCGGCCGUGCUGGAGUGCGUCCCGCCCCGCGGGCACCCCGAGCCCAGCGUGUCCUGGAGGAAAAACGGAGUCCGGGUCAGCGACAAGGACGAGCGCCUGACGAUCCGUGGUGGGAAGCUGAUGGUGGCCAGUGCUCACAAGAGCGAUGCUGGCGUCUAUGUGUGCGUGGCCACCAACGUGGUGGGGGAGAGGAACAGCGAGCCAGCCGAGCUGGUUGUCUUUGAGCGCCCAGCAUUUGGCAAGAGGCCCCAGAACCAGGUGGUGCUGGUGGAGGGGAUGGCAGAGUUUGCCUGCGAGGUGAUGGGGGAUCCGCAGCCGGCGGCGCGCUGGCGCAAGGAGGAGGGUGAAAUGCCACUGGGAAGGUGGGAGGUGCUGCCAGACAACACCCUGCGGAUCAGCCGGCUGCAGGUGGAGGAUGAGGGCACCUACACCUGCGUGGCUGACAACAGCGUGGGCAGGUCAGAGGCAUCGGGCACCCUCACUGUGCACGUGCCCCCCCAGCUUGUCACUGGGCCCCACGACCAAGCUGUCACCCAUGGCCAGAGCGUGACUUUCCAGUGCCAGAGCAAGGGCAACCCACCACCCGCUGUCUUCUGGCAGAAGGAGGGGAGCCAGACCCUGCUGUUCCCGGGCCAGCCCCCAGUCCCUUCUGGCCGUGUCUGGGUGAGCCCCAGCGGUGCUUUGACCAUCGUCAAUGUCCAGCCCAGCGAUGCCGGCCACUACCUGUGCCAGGCCAUCAGCGUGGCCGGCAGUGUCCUGGCCAGGGCAGGCCUGGAGGUGACAGGGGCACCCAUUGAACUCCACCCACCGGUGCUCAGCCUGCUUCCCACUAACCGGACAGUGCUGCCUGUGGGGGCCACAGUGCGGCUGCCUUGUGGGGUGGGGGCCCAUGGCCCUGCAGGCAGCGUGGGGUGGCUGAAGGAUGGCAGUGCCCUGGUAGGUGUCCAGCCCCGUGCCAGCCUGCUGGAGAACGGCACCCUGCAGAUCACCAGCCUCCGGGUGAGAGACUCCGGGCUCUACAAGUGUGUGACCACCAGCUCAGCGGGUGAGACAAGCUGGGGCAUCUCCUUGGAGGUACAAGGUGAUGAAUCCAACCUGUCCCUGCCUUCCCCUGCACCCGAUCUCCUCCCUGGGCCACCCUCCACCCCUGUGGUCACCAAUGUUACCAAGAGCAGUGUCACCCUGAGCUGGAAAGGGAACGAGGACGGUGGUGCCACUGAUGUCACCUCUUACAUAGUGGAGGCUUUCAGCCAGGCACUGGGUGGCCCGUGGCAGACAGUGGCAGCUGAUGUGGAGAGUGAGACCCACACAGUGACCGGACUUGUCCCUGACACUGUCUACCUGUUCUUGGUGCGGGCGGUCAACGCCUACGGGCUCAGUGACCCCAGUGGCAUCUCGGAGCCUGUGCGCACCCAAGACACCAACCCCAUGCAGCAAGGGCUGGAUCCUGAGCGUGUGCAGCAGGAGCUGGCACAAGUGGCUGUGCACCUGAAGGAACCUGUGGUGCUGCCACUGGGCACCGUCCACCUCUCCUGGACUGUGGAGCACCAGGCACCCUUCCUUCAGGGCUACCGGGUGCUGUACCGGCAGCGCGGCGGGCGCUGGGAGGAGGCCCGGACGGUGUGGGCUCCAGGGGAGCGGGGGGCCCUGCUCACCGAGCUGCGCCGGGGCCAGGACUACGAGGUCAAGGUCCGACCCUAUUUCCAUCACCUCCAUGGUCCCGACAGUGCUGUGCGGGCUCUGCGCACCCCUGAAGCGGCCCCCAGUGCCCCACCACGAGGUGUCAGUGUGGCUGGGAAUGGUACCAGUGUCCGCAUCUCAUGGCAGCCACCACCUGUGGCAGAGCAGAACGGGGUCAUCCGUGAUUAUCGGAUUUGGUGCUUGGGCAAUGAGAGCCGCUUCCACAUCAACCAGAGCGUGGAGGGGACGGUGCUGGCCACAGUGUUGCAGGGACUUGUCCCCGGGGUCCCUUACCAUGCUGAGGUUGCUGCUGCCACCAGUGCUGGUGUGGGUGCCCGCAGUGCCCCUGUUCCCAUCCACAUCGCCCCCCUGGUGGAGCGAGAUGCGGGGCCAGCAGCUGGGAGCAGCUUGACUGAGCAUUUAGCAGAGGUAGCCAGGCAGCCAGCCUUCAUUGCCGGCGUUGGUGGCGCUUGCUGGGUCGUCCUCGCUGCCUUUGCUGCUUGGCUCUACAGCCGCCGCCGGAGGAAGAAGGAGCUCAGCCACUUCACUGCAUCCUUUGCCUACACACCCACCGGUAAGCCCAUGAGUGCUGCGGGGUCCCAGUACGGCCUCUCGCUGCCCUCACCCCCAUCUCUUUCCACAGUCGCCUUCCCAGCUCCAGUGCGCAGCAACCCCAGGGCAGCUGCCAGCGGUGGUUACCCAUGGCUGGCGGACACGUGGCGUGGUGGCAGCACAGCCAGUUCUGCUGGAUGUUUGGGGUCCACUGAGAGAUACUACAAUGAUGCUGGCAUCACCCGUUACAUCGCCCAGACGGAGCAGUUUGGAGCGGGGGCUGCCGAGGGGCCGGUUUACAGCACCAUCGAGGUUGACAGUGAGGACCUCUGCACGUUCCCCCGUCCCUUCUCACAGGGCCAGAGCAAAGCUGGGGCAAGCAGUGAAACCACCGGCGGUGAGCUGGACAGAGCUGCUGCCCCCACCACCCUCAGCCAGUGAGCUCAGUCAGUGUGCCCAGGAGGAGGAGAAGGAGGAGGAAGAGGAGGAUGAAGAGGAAGAGGCAGCCAGAGGGUUGGGGAUGGAGGUGUGGUACCCUGGUGAGGACAUCCCCUGUGCCACUGCUGCAUCCUCACCCACCACCUCCUCCGGAUGCCGCUCCACCGCCACGCUGACACCCUCGCCUCGCACCACGGAGGACAUCCCCCGCCUC